UUCCCUGCCCCCCUUCUUCUCUCCCUCCCCUGGCAGCUCAGGUUCCAGACAGUGAUGAGCAAUUUGUGCCUGACUUACAUUCAGAAAACUGUAAGUAUCGUGGAGGUGAUCACACAUCUCACAGGAGAAGGGCAGGAUACACUUAAGCUGAAGAAACACAUGAAAUGUAACACACCACACAGACACGGAGGCUCAUUUUAGUUCUGCGUUGGUGUGAUGGGGACAAACAAACCAGGCCAGCUGGCCACAUCUGGGCAAUGCAAAAAUGUCUUUUUGUGGUGCUAACUACCGUGGUCCCUUAUGCAGAGUGAUGUCAACAGAAAUGUGUUUUAGUUGGUGUACGGGUGAGUAAUUAGGCACCCCUGAACAGCUGAGAAAGUGCACUAUGGUGACAAUGAAAGGUAAAAUUUCUGCUAUUGCUCCUCCCAAAGCAAAAGAAAUGGGACUGUAUGUGGAAUUAAGGGUGCUGUGUCUCUUGCAGGUGCUUUCUGGGGGCUCUGCUCACUUGCGGAGCCUCUGGCUGAGCACCCGCUGCCAGCAUGGCCUCUGUGAGGUGAUGGUCCUGCCUGCUGCCUGCCCCAAUGUGAGGGCACGGUGUCCCAGAGAUGCUGUCUGGGCUGCUUGCCCUCUGCUCUUAGGAACUGCCCAGUGAACAGAUCACCUGUGGGAGCGUACAAACAGUAAUGUGGAUGUUUGCUCUGAGAACAGGUCAAAGCCUCUUACAGAUGAAGGAGCUGAGCGUUGCUCAGGUGCAAGCGUACGCGCAGGAACCCUCUGCACAGUGGCCAUCCAGCUCUUCCUGCUUCCCUCUUCAGCUGGCCCUCCCAGUAUGCCACCGUUUUGUUUGGAAGCUGAUGCUGGGAUAAGACCACAUGCCUGAAGUGAAUAUUGACUAUUCUGAACAGCUCUGUUGCAAGCAGCCGCAGGAACGCUGAGCCUGACUCCUGACAGGCACGUCAAGGCUACAGGAGGAUGCCUGACCGUUCCCUGGGCACAUAUAUGUCCUAGCAGCUAACUGAGUGCAGAGAUCUCCAGUUAAAGCUGGUGCAGUCAACUUUGGUGACCUUCCUACACUGAUAUCCCUCUGCCCAGGGCAGUUUUCCCCAUGAAAACUAAACCGAAGGGCUUGUACUGGUUGCUCUUGCCUACCUCCUUUCCCUGGACUUGGCCCUGCAGCACAGCUGGGCUUGCUCUCUGAGUCAUAUAUCUUGUUUCUUCCUCUUUUUGACCUAGAACCAAGGAGAGGGCUGGUCCCAUGUUUCGCUCGGAAUGAAUGAAUGAAUGAAUGAGCCAGUUGUAAUGCGAUAGCCUGUUGCAGCAAUUCAAGGCCGGAAAGAAUUGGCUGCUCCUAGCGCAUCUCGCUUCUUGAAACUUCAAUGGAGUUCAGUGUAAUGGACAGAGCAAUUUUAUUUUUUUUUUCCCCCUGAGACUCAGCCGACACAUCAGCAUUUUUAGAUGGGUUCUAUAUAUGUUUACUCCAGACAUCGAAAAGAGCUGCUACAGACAGGCAGAAGGGAAGUGGGUGCCCCAGGCAUAGAAAGACCUUUUUCUCUUUUGAGCCUUUUCUGGGCUGGGGGUGUUUGCACAGAUGCAGGAGCAUCAUGCCUGGGGUACUGAAUCCAUCCCAGGAUGCUGGGUCAGCCAGCACCUGCCAUCGGUUUGGACAGGGACCCCUCUGCCACGAUUGACAGCAGCCCCAGGGCUGGCUGGGGGAGCCGGUUGUCCUCUAGAAGGGGGUAGGGGCCAGAAGCCAUCGGAGGCUCUGGCAUUUUACAGAUUAGAUUUAUUUUCAUUUAUUCUGUCAAGCUGUUUGGAUCCCUGUGGGUGCUGGCAUGAUGUGAAGAUGGGCUUUUUUUGGUGUAGGCUGAAACCGAAGGCAGGCGAAAGGAGUCAGGUUUGAAGGGGUUUUGCCCCCCUCUUGAUGAGAAACGAUUUUUGGGGAGAGAUGUUCGCAAUAGAAAGUGGCCUUAAUGUCCUGUGGUGAGAGGCAGCAGCAGCCCUUUCUCCAGCCCUUUGGAGAGCUGUCUGAAGGCACAAUUAGCCCUUUAUGUGAGGGAGAACUGGCUUGAGGGUGGCUGGUGCACGUACAGUUCAGGUCAGUCCUGAUAUAAACUCAGCAAAAAGAUGAGGUAUUAACAGAUCAGGUUGUUACUUUCCAUCCUUGAAAUGACAAUCGCAGCUCUGAACAUCCCAGGCUUUGUCAGCAGCAUCAUGUCAGCUUGAGGAGCUGGGAGUAACCUGGCAAAGGACUGCAGGCAGCCUUAUGAAAAGCUUAGUUUUGUUUUGGGGGGCAGAUCCUUCUCUUGUUUGCAAAAGAAACCUAGACCUAUGUACCUCUCUGGGGUGUCUUUUCUUUCCUUCCUAAGCGGCAGCGACCUCCUGCAGCAGCAGAGCCCAGGGGCAAAGGCAGAAGAUGCUCACAGUGUCCUUCAGCCAGGAUAAGCUUUUCUGAGGAGCUAGUGAAGGAUUUUGCUCCUGCUGGAUUUAAUUAAGCAUAAGGAGUAACAGUACCCACAUCCUACUUCCUCGUGCUGUAAACUGCAACCCACACUUGUUAUUCCUGACAUUCUAACCAGGCCAGAAAUAUCCCUCCUUGUCUACAUCGGGCCAGCGCACUGAAAAUGAAAAAGAACCUUUUUACUUUUUUCCUAGACUCUCACUGGUGUUUUGGACGAGCAGAGGUGUUGUGUGAGAUUCCCCCAGUUCCACGUUCAGGGGUCUUGGACUAUUAGCAUCGAAAUUCAACGAAGGAAAAGCUGCAUUUUGAGAUUCUACAGGUAGCUGCCGAGUGCCAGCGCAGCAGCCUCCCGUCCAGCAAUCGCAAUACCCUGUAGGAGACCCUGGCUGCCUUCCUGAGGGCUAAAGUAUAAACCUGGUCUAAUUAAUGAAAUCAGAUAUUUCAAAGGGAGGCUACUGGGAGGACUGCAAGCUGCUCAUCGAAAUUUGGGGUAUAUAGUAGCAAAAGCAAGGACUUGGAAGUCAGACUUCUGCUUCAGACUGUGCUUUACCACCGAUGCUGUUCCUUUGGGAAAGGGAUUGUAGCUACCUAAGGCAGUUUAGGUGCCUGAGAAAACACUUACUUGUGUAAGGUGUGAGCAAGUUAGCCUGAGGACAGCCUGUAAUGAUAUGCAAUACAUAUAACAGCAUUUCCCACAGAAAACCUUCAGCUUUUGCAGCUGUUUGUACAAAAAUCUUACAUUUACUGUCCUACAGGACAAAUGAUACUAUCAGGAAAUCUGCAAUGUGUCAUCAUAUUAGUGUGUGACAACUUAACACAGUGCUACAUGGUAAUGUUACUCACAAGACAUGCUUACCAGGUAUGUCAGGGAAAGAAUAUUUUACCUGAUGCAAAUCAAAACUUUGCUUUUAUGUGUUGAAAAAUAAGAGUAUGUGCAUGCCACAACAGGAAACGUCUGUCCCAGCCCUGAACAGCUUAAGGAAAUACCCACUCUAAAUCCUUUUCAAAGCGCUCUGGAUUAUCACAGAGCAUGUUAACACUACCUUAAGAUUUGCUCUUAAGGUCGAUGUAGCAUACAAACAUUACUAAAUCAAGGGCAGAGCUCAGGGAGGUCCUGUGAACUUGGGUGUGUUGGUAUUUGGUUUCUCUCGGAGCCAGCAGAGCAAGGACGAGGUGGUGGCAUCUCUGCUGGCUUCACUGGCUGAUAAAAUUGCCUCUCCGUAAACCAGAAAAAACCGUCAACUUGACCUUUCAUUUCUCUCCCACAGUAGCUUUUCACAGUCCUCCUGCUAAGAUUAAAAAGGAGCCACAGAGUCCCUCCUCGGACCUCACACUGUCCUGCAACCAUGAGCAGCCAUCCCAGUACCACAAUGGCGAGCAGUGCCUUUACACCAGGUAACAGCUUACAUGGGGGAAGGGGAGGGGGCAGAAGCUGUUAUGAAACCAAGUGCUACUGCGUUAUCUAAUAAUUACAACAACGAACCGGUCUGGCUGCUGUGAUGCCCAUGAGCCGGUGGGUCAGCUCAGGGCAGCUCGCUCAGCUGGUGUUUACGGCACUGGUUAGCCCAGACCCAUGUAGAGUAGGUCAGGGGUCUGGGCUUGCCCCUUUAUUUCUUCUCCCAGUGCUGUUCCUCAGCUGUCCUGAUGCUGAGAGCAGUCUUGGCAUCUGUCACGUGCCUCUCUCCCCGCAUUGCUUUCCAAAAUCUGUCCUGGCAAGUUGCUCCCCAACACCGUCGCCCACAGUCCUGGCUGCUUGCCUGAGUUACCGUACAGCUUCUGCAGUACUGACACUGCCAUGCGGAAUUAAACUUUAUAACUCAGGGUAGGUUAUAAAGCAGAGUGUUUCAUUCACCGGCGGGCAUCAGGGUGGAUAAUUCCAAAAGCACCCGCUGCCCCACUUCUUUGUGCACGUGCGAUUUAAAGUUUACAUUCAUACAUAUUCCAUCGAUGCCCGAGAAUAGGUUGGGUUAGGGUAAUUAGUCUACCAAGAAGUCAUUAACAGAAGUUUCUUCCCAUUUGCGCUUGCACACUCUCUCCUGGUGCGGAUCGUGGGGGUCGCCGAGGAUGAAGGCUUAGGAGUCUCCCUCUUGUCACCUUCUCUCUUCGUGCAGACUCAGUCGUGUCCCCAGUUCCUUCCCAACCAAAACCCAGGACAGACCCAGUUUUCCUGGCUCAGGGCACAGACGUUCACAUACCGGUGUCGUCUUAUCAGCACAGGAGCAUCCCAGCCCCACCUUACCAGUACAGCGGGCCCCAGGACCGGGCCUAACUUGCAAAGUCACCUGUGAAGCUCCUCUUUGUACAUGCAAUGAGAAUUUUAAUUAUUCUGAGUUUUCCGUAUCCUAUUAGUCCAGUGAUUUCUAAGCUUUCUAUCACCACCUUCUCCCAUUUUCGGGUCAUUGCUGUUGUGCGCAGGGGCAAGCGAUGCUCGGGAAGGCAGGAGUUGAUGCUGGGAGUUUUCUGGCCCAGGUGGCUGUGCAGAGGGACAGCGUGUCUGCCUGUGACACGUCCUCCCCAGGUGCUGCCACCGGUCCUUCUCGGAGAACGAUAACGCUCCACUCUCUGUUUGACUGUCCCAGUGCCUAUGAUCAACCCAGCCAAGUUGGCGUUGAGUCCCCCGACCCAGGAACCCCAAUACAGUCACCGCUCCAGCAGUUCCCUAGACAGGACAGGAGCUUCUUGACCCCUCCGGGGCCACCCCACCCCCCCUCCAGCUGUGGGUACCACAACGACCACAGCUCUGUGUACCAGUCGCCUGCGGAGAUGGGCUGUUCCUUCCCCUCUUCCCAGAGCCUGGCCCAGGAAGACCCCAGCACCUACCAGCACCAGCUGUCCGAGCCCUGCCUCCAGUACCCUCAUCAGGGCUUCAAGCAGGAGUACCAGGACCCGCAGUACGAGCAAGCCGGCCAGGCAGGCAGCAGCUGUCAGUACCCAGCAGCUGAGGUGGUCAAGCAGGAGCAGGUGGACUACGUGUACGACGCAGAUGUUCCUGGCUAUCACACGUACACAAAUGUUGAGAGUUAUUCAAGCCAUUCAAAUACAGAAGAUACGUCAGGUAAGAAGCUCGGUGCCUGUCAUCUUGUCCCUGCGCUGCCCUUGAUGCUGCCCUGUCUUCUUUGCCUACAACUGCCUGUGUUGCUUUCUCUUGCAGCCUGCAGGUACGACAAGCCGAUGAGCUGCUUUACUGAUGAUGUCUGUGUCGUUCCAGAAAGUUGUGAAGCUGUUUUUGCACUGUUACCCUUAGGAACACCUUGUGUGUUCUUCUCAGCAAGAGGCAAGAAGCAGAAAGCUGGAGGGAACCGGGAAGGGUCUGCACACCAGAGACGGGGAUCUCUCCAGCUCUGGCAAUUUCUUGUAGCUUUACUGGACGAUCCAACCAAUUCCCACUUCAUUGCCUGGACUGGCAGAGGGAUGGAGUUCAAGCUCAUUGAGCCAGAAGAGGUAGCCAGGCUGUGGGGUAUCCAAAAGAACCGUCCGGCCAUGAACUACGACAAGCUGAGCCGAUCCCUUCGCUACUAUUACGAGAAAGGCAUCAUGCAGAAGGUGGCUGGAGAACGCUACGUGUACAAGUUUGUGUGUGAACCUGAAGCGUUGUUCUCUCUGGCUUUCCUUGAUAAUCAGCGGCCAACUCCGAAGGCUGACGGGCAGGUCAGCGAGGAGGACACGGUGCCUCUUUCUCACCUGGAUGAGAAUGCCACUUACCUGCCAGACCAUGGGAGCCUCCCUCCGCAGCAUUACAGCAAAGGCUACACAUACUAGCAUUGCUGGGAGCACGCCGUGCCGCUCUUGCUCGUGUAUAUACGGAGACAUCUGGUGAGGAUUCAAUCCAUAUAAUAAGCAUUUUUCCAGGCCAGCCUAGGGUAUGCAACAAACUAUGAAGAGCUGCUUUGGUCAGGAAAAGCGUUCAGGUACACACAUGGAUAAUCGGCUGACAGUUGACAGGGCUCUUUUGUGCUUGCGAUAAGACCCUCAUAUCUGUCAGGGUGAGACUUGUUCUCAGCAAUGCAGACAUCGUCCCAACAGCAGAGCUGCAGCUUCAGCAGCAUGUCAGGUAACUGCUGCCGGAACAAAGGAGCCUGUCGCAGUCCCUCUCUUUGGUGAGGGAGGAGAUGCCAGUCCUACUGGGCUUCUUUUUUUUUUUUUAACUAUGAGGAUGUUACGAUGCUGGCUGCUGGCUCCAUUCCUCCUGUAUGGGUGCUGAGCCUCUGUAUAACCUGCCCUCAGCAAGGGAUGGCUCUGACCCACGCAGACUCACCUCUGCGAGGCCAGUCUUGCCUUCUUCUCAGGUGGGCUGCAACACGGUCGUCACAGACCACAGGAAAAGAGCAACACCACUUGUCUUGUACGUGCAUGCUCCUGCCUUAUCACCUUGCUCCUAACGCUUCACGCCAGGGCUCUCUGGUACUCGGGCACUCUGAGUGGGGUAGCUGGAGCCACUGGCCGAAAUUGGAGCAGUUCUGGGGUACAUGGCACACCAUGCAAUACAGCAGAACUACAGAGCUGCCCGAUUGCAUCUGUCUGUGGCACAGGUUAAGCCAGCAUCCCCCUCGGGUAGAGAGAUUGCGGGAGGCAGCAAGGCCUGAGGCUCCGGUUCAUUGUAUGGUUGUGACUUUUCCAAAUUAAACAACUUUAACAAACA